AAGCCAAUCACUGUGGAGAGGAUUCCCAUUACUCGCUUUGCUUCUAUAACGGGGCUGUCAGUGGUGUUAUGGACGGACGAUAUGGAAAAGGCAUUUAAUAGUAUUUGAAAGAAAGAAAACGGAACAGAACUGCAUAAUUUAUAGAUAAAUCAUAGUUUGAUUACUCGAACUAGAUGGACAGCGGCCCGCCCUCCCCAGCCCAUCAGCCUCAAUCGGGCCGGGCCCAGGCUCAGCAGGGCCGGUCCCAGCUAAAUGCCUCCAGUGCUUUUGCGGCUGUGGCAGCAGCUGCCUUGCAGGAGGAGAAAAUGAAAGCCAGUCCUUCAGCAACUAGAGAGUCAGCUUUUCUGCCUUCAGACGGCGGCUUCGCAGGGUUUGGAGCUCAGUCAGAAGAGGCUACAAAACAGGAGCAAGAGUUCAACUUUGAAGAGCAGGAAGAGAAGGCUAAGGCUGGAGACCCAAAGGCCCAGACUGAAAUUGGCAAAUAUUACUUGAAGUUAGCAGAGGAGAAGGAUGAAGAGCUCAACAAUUGCAAUGCCGUAAGCUGGCUUCUUCAGGCUGCAAAAAACGGCAGGAGAGAGGCCGUUAAGUUGUUGCGACGCUGUUUAGUAGAAAGAAGAGGAAUCACAACAGAAAACGAGGAAGAAGUGAAGAAACUGUCUUCAGAAACUGAUUUUGAACGGGCCGUGAGGAAAGCUGCACUAGUGAUGUAUUGGAGAUUAAACCCAGAGCGGAAAAAAAAGGUUGCAGUGACUGAGCUUCUGGAAAAUGUUGGACAAGUUAAUGAUGACAAAGUCCACAGACAUACUGAUGGAGCUGCCAAACCGGGUCCUGUUCCAAAAUCUGUACAGAAACAGAGAAGGGUGCUGGAACGCCUUGUCAGCAGCGAACCCAGCAAAUACAUUGCUUUAGAUGAUUUUGUUGAAAUCACCAAGAAGUAUGCAAAGGGCAUCAUCCCGUCCAGCCUGUUUAUGAGCGAUGAUGACGAUGACGAACUGGAUGGGAAGGGCCCUGAUGACCUGCCACUACAGCAGAAGAUCCUGAAAUAUCCACUUCAUGCUGUCAUAGAAAUGAAAGAACAUCUGAUUGACUGGGCCUCCAGGGCUGGAAUGCACUGGCUGAGCACCAUUAUUCCCACGCACCACGUCAAUGCCCUCAUUUUCUUCUUCAUUAUCAGCAACUUGACAAUUGACUUUUUUGCCUUUGUGAUUCCCUUGGUUAUCUUCUACCUGUCCUUCAUUUCGAUGAUCAUCUGCACCCUGAAGGUUUUCCAAAACAGCAAAGCGUGGGAUAACUUCAGAACUCUCACAGAUCUCCUGUCGCGCUUUGAACCAAACCUUGACGUAGAGCAAGCCGAGACGAACUUUGGGUGGAAUCAUUUAGAGCCUUACCUUCAUUUCAUUUUGUCAGUCUUCUUUGUGAUAUUUUCUUUCCCGGUUGCCAACAAAGAAUGGAUCCCGUGCUCGGAGCUGGCCACCAUUGCCAUCUUUUUUACCAUUGCCAGUUACAUGGGCCUCAGCUCUUGCGCUGAACCGUACACCAGAAGAGCACUCUUCACUGAAAUAGCUUCUUCGGUGUGUGCCUUAAUGGCUGGCCUUCCGGAAAAAUUGGCGUUUCUUCGUUUUUUUGGUAAAACCUUUGUCACCCUUCCCCUUGGCGAUUUUGUUGUUUUGAAUGUUAGUGUCCCCUGCCUGCUGUACAUGUAUCUUUUUUACCUGUUUUUCAAGAUGGCUCAGUUGCGAAAGUUUAAAGGCACUUACUGCUUUCUGAUUCCCUACAUGGUGUGUUUUAUGUGGUGUGAGUUUUCUGUAGUGCUUCUUCAGAACUCGACCGGAAUAGGCCUCCUGCGAACAUCCGUUGGCUAUUUCCUCUUCUUGUUUGCACUGCCUGUCUUAACGCUGGGGAUUGCCGCCAUGUUUCUCAUUCAGUUUGUGAAGUGGUUUAUUGCUCUAGAUGUUAUCAAGAUUGUUGUCACCUUGGUUGUGUGUGCCAUCCCUGUUAUUCUCCGGUGGUGGACCAGGUUUAGCUUCUCCUUACUGGAUAUGGUCAAAUCGUUGUCCAAAAGUUCCGUUGUUAAAUUGAUCUUGGUCUGGAUCUCUGCCAUCAUGCUCUUCUGCUGGAUCUACGUGUACAGAUCAGAAGGCAUGAAAGUGUACAACUCCACUUUGACCUGGCAACAGUACAGCUUUUUAUGCGGCCCCCAAGCAUGGAAGGAAUCGAACAUGGCACAAACGCAGAUCCUGUGUAGCCACCUCGAGGGUCAUCGUGUUACCUGGACUGGGAGGUUCAAGUAUGUGCGAGUUACAGAGAUUGAGAAUGGGGCGCAGUCGGUCAUCAACCUGUUGCCUUUCUUCGUUGGAGAUUGGAUGAGGUGCUUGUAUGGCGAAGCCUACCCCACGUGUGACCCACAGAAUGCUACUGCAGAGGAGGAUGAACUUUGUCGGCUGAAGUUUCUCGCAAAGCACAUCUGCCACAUCAAAAGGUUUGACCGUUACAAAUUUGAGAUAACUGUGGGGAUGCCUUUCAAUAAAAAGAAUGGAAAUGUGACUUCAGAGGAGGAUGAUGCAACUAAAGACAUUGUCUUGAAGGCCAGCAAUGAGUUCAAAAAGGUCUUGCUGAACCUGGUACAAGGGAGUAUGGUGGAGUUUAGCACUGUAUUAGAGGGACGCCUUGGCAGCAAAUGGCCAGUCUUUGAGCUCAAAGCCAUUCGCUGCUUGAACUGUUUAUCCAAACUGGCUCCAGUAGGUAGGCAGUAUAAAAUCGAGCAUGACUGGAGGAGCACAGUGCAGCAUGCCUUCAAAUUUGCAUUUGAUUUCUUCUUUGAUCCCUUCUUAUCUGCAAAAUUAAAAUCGUGAUAUCAUCAUGUGGACAAAGUAGCUACGAGCUAAUGAACCCUGCACACACAAGACACUGUAAAAAGGCAUAAGUAAAAACACAAAGUGAAUACUGCAUGGUACUGCACUUCACAAAUUUGCAUGAGCUCACCACUGCAGUUACUAAGAGAUAUACACAAGCAUUCUUUCACCAGUGAUUUAAACAUUUAAAAUAUUCAAAGCUUUUGUUUCGGAGGAUUAUAGUAUUGGCUGUACCAAAGAAUGCACCAGGGAAAAUGAGAAGGGAGACAAGAACACAAUAAGAAUUUAAAGUAGAAUUACAUCGAAAUACUUAAUGCACAGGGAUUUGUUUUAUUGCAGUGAUGUAGUAGUAAACUUUAAAUUUUCUAGUGAGACAAUCUUUCAGGUAAUUUAUUAAGCCAUACAGAAAUGACUAAAUUGAUUUAUUAAUAUCAGAAGCAUUUUCUGACAUUUACUAGCAAGCUUCGUGUAUGCAAACUGGUAAAAUACAGACUUUUCUGUAUUUUCCAGCUUUCCAGAAUUUUCAGGUGAGCAGCCGGUGGAUUUCACGAGAUUGCACAACUGAUAACUGAUGUAAAUGACUCGUUCACAGAGUCUGGCGCUACAGGCAGCAGCAAACGAUUCAUCACCAGAAAGAUAAUCAAGAGUGCAAGAAACUUAGAUCCAACAACAUACUGUAUGCUGUAGUCUUUAUUCUACUGUUUUGUCUCCAUUUUCAUUACUCCACCUUAAGCUUGAGGCUUUAACCAAGUGCUUUAUGCUGCUAAGAAGCUGGAUGUAUACAGUACAGUACAUAUGUAUAUUAAAUCCAGUUGCAGUGUUGUGUCAAAUUACUCCCUAUUUGUAUAAACACUUUGUGCUGCUUGAGUGGAGAUCCUAGGACCUACAGUAUAGUGACCUGGAAGAUGUAUUCUUAUGAUUUAGUACAGUAGAACACACAUUUAUUUUAGCACAUUUGAGGUGAACAAACAUAGCUGCCUUUUUUGUUUCCUUUGCUGAACAAUUAUGCUUUUUUAUGCAUUAUAUCUGAAUUAAUUCUAACCACCCAGAAUUAAAGGGCAACUGUAAAUGCAAUAGUUCUAUUUUUAUUUUUAGGAAAAUCACUAUUACUAUCACUAUCCACUAUUAUUAAAGGCAAAUAAAAACAAGGUGAAAAGGAAUACUUUGAUAGUAACCUCUGGUACACUGUUUGAGGUUUGAAGGUUCGUAGUGAAUAGAACUUUGGUUCAUGUUGGUUAAGUGGCUUUGUAUUUUGUCUGCAUUGACAAUAUCGACUCAUGCUUGACACAAGUCUAUAGUAUUUUGUGUGCUUUCAGAUUAAGAAUGCUAAGAUUUGGUAGCAACAGGUUUCAGUCAGUUUUGUUCAAAUGUGGUACUAAAUUUAAUUGCAGGAAGUUAUACAUUUAAAGAGCAUGCAAAAUAUUGGUUGGAAAUAAAAUAAAGUACUAAAAUGAAAAAAGAAACUUGAACAGUUUACACUAAUAAUAACUAUGAGUUAGCUAUGAAAAACACUUUUUUUGUGAGGAUGAUUUAAAGUUACAGAAUGCUGUAAAAACACAGGCUUAGGUGUCUUUCAAAUUGUCCGAAAAACAUAAGAACUGAAGUGCCUUUGCCCACAGUGCCUUUCAGGGUUCCCUGCUGGACUUGUAUGUUGUAAGACAUCUUUAAGAUUGUGGCAGAACUGGGACAAGCAUGUCACCACUGGUGGAGUCUAUAGGUACAAGUCUGGACUCGUGGAGAUCUACACACAAGGUUGGGUGAAGUGUUUUUUGUUCUUCAGACACCUGAGAAACAGUCCUUUUCAUUCUAAGCUUGCUUUGCUUCAUUGGUGCUGUGCUUUCAAAUUAAAGUAUGUUUACAAGUGUUUGAUGUGAAUUUAUGGAACUAAAGGUAAUCAAAAGCAUUGGAAAGAACAGAACCGCUGCAAAAACUGCAGAUCUUAAGCUAAAACAAAUGUUGGUCCAGUUAACUUAAAUACUGUAUUAUCCAGCUAACAAUUUACAUGGUGUGGCAGUUAUAAGUGAUGCUUAUAUCAUGAAGGCUUGGCUUUAUGGUUAUUGUUUCACAGGUGAUUAAUAUAUAAUGAAAAGACACCUUAUCUAGUGUGAAGAAAUGUAACCGAAUUCAGCAAUGUUUAAGUGCCUAGUAACACUGCUGUACUAAAAAUGUGUACCCUGUCUGUUGAUGUGAUGCUCUUAUCAACACUGCUGUAACUCAAAACUGUGGAAAAUCAAAAAUAAAAGACCAUGUAAAACAGAGUG